CAGAUUGUGACGUUAAGAGAUAGACAUCCUUCGGCCAGGAAAAUUCAUAGCAAGCAUCCUGUUGAUGCUACAAUUUUUCUAUCUAAAUCCACGGCUGGAUAGUCGGUCACGACUCGAUUAGAAGAUCUCCUAAAAAAACGUUCCACGCGCGCAGAGAUUCGUGUGGAAAGGAACGCCGUAAGGUUUUCCAAUUGGAUUUCGUUGUUGGCGAUCACGAAGGUAGGGUGACCAGGUCUAAAAGCUUAAAUCUGAUUCGUUUGGUACUCGAGAGCGUGAAAAACUAGGUGUAUCGGGCGAUACGUAAUAUCCUUAUCACAUCCGAAGAUAGCCAUCGUACCGAGUGCGCCAGACGAAAAAUACUUUGGCUCGCCGAGUUCAGUAUCGCGUUGCCCGUCGCGUCGAGCUUCCAUCGUCAUCGAAACGGCCCGAGUCAACCCGUUGAGCACGUUUAGAAACCAUGAGGUCCUUCCGUGAGAGUCUCUUCAAGGAAUACAUCACCGUCGCGAGGGAACUGUCUCGGUGAUCGCACUCGAGGAUCCGCUCGGACAAUCUGCGAUACGUGGAACAGUUGCACGAUCGGUUUGACAACAAGGCGAGAUAACGCGUCGAUCUUUGAAGCGCGAGAGGGAACAGGAGGGAGGUUAUUGUAGCUAGUGUAAUCUCAGAAAUAGACUCUAUCCCAAAAAGAGGAAAGGAAGAAUCCUACGGCCUUAAAAAGAAAAGAAUCUACUAGCUAGAGCGAACCUAGGAGUGGCGAGAGUUUUUUCAGUCCAACCAAAAGGAAAAGGAAGGCUCCUCGACCUAGAAUCGGUCCAAAGUUGUGUUCGUUCCAGCGAGUAACGGGAGAGCGUUUAGAGAGUAGAAGAUCUCUGGAGAACGGUCCAGAGGAAGGAGGUUUGAGGAACGAUGAUCGUGCCACGUGUGCAGCCGAUCGAUAGGCAGCUCGAUGACGUAGGUCGUUGCUCCGAUUGGAUCGGUAAACGGUCGGGGUACGCGGACAUCCACGAAAAUGUCGCUUGGACAUACUGUCGCUUCGCCUCUCAGCAGAGCGUAGAUAACGAUGCAUUAGAGGGAUCUUUCGUGGAUCAAGCCGAGGCCGACUUCCAGCCCAACCCGGGCUUUUACGAUGCUUCGUUCGGUUGCGAUCGGUCGCAGUCGCUUCCCUCCGUCUGUAUCGAUGAAUUGCCUUCCUUCUGCAAUCAGUUUCGUGAUUGCGCUGUGAACUCGGACCCGACUGCCCCUCGGAACUGCCAGCAGGGCCCCAUAGACGUGGAGGACCUGGCUCUCUACUUCGAGUCGGAUAAAUCCCAGACGAACACUUUCUCGCGAGGAUCCAAUAAUCCUCACUUCCGUCGACCAAAGACGAAACGUGCCUAUUAUCCCAAACAUCCGCCAGCUUUCCCGACGACCCGCGUCCUUCGAGGAAACGAUUUCGCUGGCGACUGGCUCGAUCCACAGCUCUGCGACGGAUGCGAGCGGAGCUUCGACUUCUGCAACGAGGAACGGUGGCUCCAGUGUCCCGCGAGCGAUCGUUGCCCUCUUUGGGAGCCCGGGUACUCGUACGACCCGAAUGUCCUGCCUCCCUGCGCUUACGAGGACCUGCGAAACGAGUACUGGCAGCACGAGGGCGAACAGUUGCUCGAGGAUUACCUGAGUAACGAGAAACGAAAGGAAAAAUCUCGGGACGCCGCGCGAUGUCGUCGAAGCAAAGAGACGGAUAUUUUCACCGAGCUCGCCGCCGCGCUUCCGGUUCCACCUGACCAGGCAGCUCACCUGGACAAGGCCAGUGUUAUGAGGCUCGCGAUCGCGUACCUCAAAGUACGUUCAGUGGCCGAUACCAUGCCACCACCAGUGACCAAAUCGGAGACGUCCAGUGAAAUGGACGACUUGUUCUCCAAAGCCUUGAAUGGAUUUAUGCUGGUGCUUUCGAGUGACGGGAACAUGGUCUAUCUCUCGGAGAACGUCAGCGAUUAUCUUGGCGUUUCUCAGAUGGACAUGAUGGGUCAAAGCGUGUACGAGUACAGUCAUCCCUGCGAUCACGAUGAGCUGCGGGAAUGUCUCUCCUCCAAGCCAACCGAGGAUAAUGAUAAACGAGCUUGUAGCUUCUUCCUGAGGCUCAAGUGCACUCUGACCAACAAAGGAAGGAAGGUCAACUUAAAGAGCGCUACGUACAAGGUGAUCCACUGUAUCGGCAGAGUGACGUACGUUCGCACUCCUGUGUCAAGUUCCAUGGAAAGCGACGACGAGGAGCGCAAGAGCGAAGACGAGGCCGAAGAGGCCGACACGGGUGCUUCCUUGGUGCUCGUAGGGUGCCCCAUACCGCAUCCUAGCAAUAUUGAGGUACCCUUGGGACGACAAACUUUUCUUUCGAAGCACAGCCUCAGCAUGAAGUUCACCUAUGCCGAUGAAAAGCUGGCCGAGUAUCUCGGCUGGAACAGCGAGGAGCUCAUGGGACAGUCAGUUUUCGAGUUUUAUCACGCCCUCGACAACCUGGCCUUGGACAAGUCUUUUAAAUCACGUGAGUAGAAGUCA